CAAUGGAAACGAACAACCAUUUUAACUUCACCGGCCUCCCCUCUGUGCCCACUGCCUCGGGACUGAAGCCUGCACCUUCCUCAGGGGACAGCCUGUAUGCCAAUGGGUCGCCCAUCAACUUCCCCCUGCAAGGGAAAUGUCUGAAUGGCGACAUGAACGGGACUGGCUUAGCGACUGUAUCCCACACUGGUGCUUCAGGGACCUUCGCCUCUGCCGCGCAUUCCCCCGACGCCUCCGCCCUGCCCCACCCCUACGACUAUCUGUGGAACUACCCGCCGUACCAGCCCGGCAGCCUCAAGGAGAGCUCCGGCCUCGGACAGUAUCCGCUCAACGGCCUCCUGGGGAGCACCCGGCCGGUGUCCUUGGGGCACAACACUAACCCGAGGGGGGGCCAGGAGUUCUGGGGCAACGGCACCCCCGGCUCCAUGGGGCUGAGUUUCGACUCGCAGGAGCUGUACGACUCCUUCCAGGAGCCGAGCUUCGAGCUCGUGCAAAACGGGGCCAGCGGAUUCUAUGAGGCCUCCCAGUCCUCCCCCAUGCUGGGCUCCGGCGCCCAGUCCUUCUCGCCACCGCCCUGCCCUCAGGACCAGCCGGGCGCCGGCGGAGGAGGGUCCUUGGGAGCAGACGAGGCGCGGCCCGGGGGUGAAGAGACCAGUGCUGGCCUCAUGGGCAGCAAGGAGCUGGAGGAGACGCAGCCGGGUAAGUGGCUCGGGGUAAGCGGAGCCGGCGUGUCUGGUGCGGUUGGGCCACAAGGGAACCGUCGCUUCCCGGUUCCGAUCCAAACCCCCAGGGCUGGCUUAUGCGUGUGGGGGUGUUUGGCCCGCGAGCGGGUCCCGGGCCCGGCGGGGGAGCCGCUCAGCCAAGAAGCUUCCGUCCUGGCUCCGGACGCUGCUGGCAGCUGCCUGGGCGACGCCUCUGCCAUCACCACUCCCCUGGCUAACCCUCCGCUCCUGAGCGAAGAGCCGCUGGAGCCCUUCGAGUCGCUGGCCAGAGACCCCGGGACUGGAGACCUCUACGAGAUGGACGACUCCCAGCUGGUGAACGACAAGUCGUCUCUGGAGGCUGCCCCGGACAUCUCGGCCCUCGACUGCUCCGACAGCCCCUCCCUGACCAAUCCCAGCCACUUCAGCCUGGUGCCGGGAUCGGACCCGUGUGCCUUGUCGCUUCCCCAGUACCUGAGCAGGAACGUCGUGCAGGGCGUCCGGCGCGAGCAUUUCAGCUUCAGCCCCCGCAUGCCGGUUGGAGACUUCUACGAGGAGGGGGACAUGCCCGAGGGCGCGCAGUGGGUGAAACUGACCCCAGAGGAAAUCCCCGCGCGGAUCCAGGCCAUCACGGGCAAGCGCGGACGCCCCCGCAACACGGAGAAGGAGAAGGCCAAGGCCAAAGAGGCGCCCAAGGUGAAGCGGGGCCGGGGCCGGCCUCCCAAGACCAAGGUGGCCGACUUGCUGAGCAAGACGGACGCCAGGCUCCUGAAGAAACUGGAAGCCCAAGAGGUGCUCAGCGACGAAGACAAGCUGAAGAUGAGCAAGAUCAAGAAGAAGAUGCGGCGAAAGGCGAGGAACAAACAAAAGCAGGAGGCCAAAGCGCCCAAGCCCAAGGAAGCCAAGAAGAAGGCCAAGUCCCUGAAGAUCCUUGGGGAGAAGGUGUCGGAGAUCAGCCUGAACCGGGACACCGUCUCCGAGAUCCUGCGCUGCUUCCUCGUGGCCUACGGGGCCAGAGCUGAGCUGUGCCACAGCCUGCGGACCAAGCCCUUCCAGGCGCUGCCCCCGGACCGCCAGGCGGCCGUCCUCGCCUUCCUGGUCAAUGAGCUCAACAGCAGCGCCCUCAUCAUCAAUGAAAUCGACAAGACGCUGGAGAGCAUGUCCCACUACAGGAGGAACAAAUGGAUCAUCGAGGGCAAACUGCGCAGAUUGAAAAUCGCCCUGGCCAAGAAAACAGGCCGCCCAGAGUCGGAGAUCAUGGGUUUGGACGAGGGGCCCAGGAGACGCAGCUCUCGCAUCACGGAGGAGAACAGCAGCCUGGAGGCAGAGGAAGAAGAGAGCUGGGGACGGAAAUCCCGCAAGGACGAGGAGGGCAGCAUCUCUGCGUCUAGCGUCCCCGAGCUGGAGAGGCAGAUCGAGAAGCUCACCAAGGUAAGCCCCGGCAAGGAGGCCCCGAGCCCCCCGGCCCUGGAGGAGAGCUUCCCCGAGAGGGCGGAGCCGCGGGGGCCCUGGUUCAAUCUGCUGCCCCGGACACCCUGUGACGACGACGACGUCCCCUUGGCUACCUCCUUAGACGAGCCCCCGGCUACAGCCGCCCCCCAGCCUUGCAGCCUUCGCCCUGGGGACCAGCCCAAGGCCGUGGGCAGGCAGCCGCACGGCCCCACCUCUCCUCCCCUCGCUUCCACGCCCGUCCACGCCAGCCCCCGGGUGCCCAGCGCCUGCCCCAGAAGCCGGGGUGGACCUGACAAGACCCAGGGGCCGCUGGGGCAGCCCAAGCGCCGGGGCCGGCCCCCCACCAAGUUCUUCAAGCAGAUUGAGCAGAAGUACCUCACCCAGCUAACGGCGCAGCCUGUACCCCCAGAGAAGCGAAGCGGCUGGUGGUGGCUCAAGGACCCGGAGGAGCUGGAGGCCUUGGCCCGCGCAUUGCACCCGCGGGGGAUCCGCGAGAAAGCCCUGCACAAGCACCUCACCAAGCACAAGGAGUACCUGCGGGAGGUCUGCGCCCGCACCACUGCCGAUCCCAUCUUCCAGCCUCAGGAUGCCGGCCACCCCGUGUCUCAGGAAGCCUUGGCCCAGUGGUCCACGACAGAGCGGGCCUACGAGGCAGACCUGGCUCUCCUGCAGUGGGUGGAAGAGCUGGAGCAGCGGGUGCUGAUGGCGGAUCUGCAGAUCCGGGGCUGGACGUGUCCGGACCCGGACUCGGCGCGGAAUGACCUGCGGUACUGCGAGCACAAGGUGGGGGCCCUGGAGGACUUCACCCUCAAGAACCGGCGGGAGGGGCUGCCCCCGUGCCGGGAGGCCACCAACCCCUUGGACCUGGCCGUCCUGCGGCUGGCCGCGCUGGAGCAGAACGUGGAGCGCCGGUACCUGAAGGAGCCGCUGUGGCCCCUGCACGAGGUGGUGCUGGAGAAGGCCGUGCUGAGCAACACGGAGAUCACCUACGAGAUCACUUCCCGGAUGCGGACGUGGCGCCAGACCCUGGAGCGGUGUCGGAGUGCGGCCCAGGUCGCCCUCUGCCUCUACCAGCUGGAGAAGUCCAUCGCCUGGGAGAAGUCGGUCAACAAAGUGGUGAGGAGGAUGUUCAGUGAGUCUCGGCCACAAGGGGGAGCCAGGGGCAAGGGGUGGCACAGUGAGGAGGCAUCACUCUGCGGAACUCCCUGCUGCAGGAAGAGACUUCUGGCCCCCUCCCUCUUGGGCAGGAUCAUCUUGAUGGAGAUGGAGUCGCAGGAGGAGGCUUGGCCCUUCCUGGAGCCCGUCAACCCCCGCCUGGUGCCCGGCUACAGGAAGAUCAUCAAGAACCCCAUGGACUUCGCCACCAUGCGGACGCGGCUGCUCCGGGGAGAGUACGUGAGCUGUGAGGAGUUCGCCGCCGACGCCGCGCUGGUGUUCGACAACUGCCAGACCUUCAACGAGGACGACUCGGAGGUGGGCAAGGCCGGGCGCGCCAUGAGGCGCUUCUUCGAGAGCCGGUGGGAGGAAGUUUAUCAGGGAAAACACACGCCUAACCCGUGAAGCCGGAACAGGUCGAGGGUGGGGGGGGUCAGCAGGGGGACCAUGGCCCCCCCUCCAGCCCCUGACUGGAGACCUGUCUUGUGCGGGGCGGGUUGAGGAGAGAACCCCUCCCCUCUGCGCACACACUCCUGUGCGAAAGAACUGACUCUCCGGAGCCCGUCUCGCUGCCUGCUGAAUUCCC